AUGAAAGGUUUUGGAAUGGGGAAAAUGUCAAGAAAACUAACGUAUGAAGUUGCAUCAGACACGGGCACAUCGUUCAUUGGUGGUCCAAAAAGUGAAUUGGAUAGGAUUGCCAGCGCCGCUGGAGCUGAGUUCAUCGAUCAAUAUGAGCUUUACCAUAUUCCUUGCGACGCUAAGCCCCCGAGUCUCAACCUCUAUAUUGGAUCCAACACGUAUUCCAUAAAUGCUGCAAAUUACAUAGUUCAGGCUGCUAACAACUUCUGUAUACUUGCUGUAUUCCCCUUCAACUUUGGAGGAUAUGGUCCUAGUUGGCUUCUCGGAGAUCCAUUCAUUCGCCAGUACUGUAAUAUUCACGAUAUGGGACAAAAGAGAAUAGGAUUUGCAAAAUCACUUUUUGAGUGA